AUGGCCUCCGUCACCACGAUCUUCCGCCUGUUUGCGCUGUCUGCAGUUCUCGGCCAGGCGACUGCUGCCUUCAGUCUCAAUAUUUCUGGUCCUAGUUGGGACUAUACGACCAAGGAUUUGGCAGAUACGACAUCACAGGCUUGCAAGGAUGCCUACAGCGCCAGCAUCAACUGCGAUGACACCCUCCUCAAAAUCGUCGCGUCCAUGGAUCCUGACUUCAACCCGCAAUCUUCGGACUUGGAAGCUAUGUGCACCACGACAUGCAGCGAUUCAUUGUCCCAGUAUGUUAAGAAUGUCAAGGCUGCAUGCGGCAGCGAUGGCGAUCUAGCCGGAGUUGCUAGCGGGAAUAAGGAACUUUAUCAGGCUCCCGUGGCCACGGUGGGCGAGGUUUUCCAGUACAAAUACGGCCAAUCCUGUGCCAAGAACGGAUCUGAUUACUGCUACUUGACCUAUCCCGAAAGCAACGAUUGGGCCAGAACCAGCUUCCCCUGUAGCGACGGGUGUGCAGUCAAGUUUUACCAAAACGCACACGAGCAACCUGGCUCGGCAUACUUCUUCAACUACUUCGCUCUUUGUAACCAAUCAUCAUACUGGCAGGAAACCUUUGCCGGUGGUUGGAAAACUGUGGUUCAAUGUGGCGACGGUGGAAACGAUGUGAGCUCCAUCAGCACGGGGGGAAGUUCGACAAAAACCGAUGUCGUGGGCACCUCAUCAUCGACCAGCUCAGCAAGUUCUACAACCUCAACGCCAACUACGGCCAUAACCACCGCCGGUACGGCUCGGUCUAGCUCUGAUACUACUUCGCCUACAGCCACCAGUGGCGCUUCGAAGCUCAGAGCCCCCUUGGUUUUCAAUUUUUGGACAUGA